AUGUUGAGAUUCCUACUAACCCCCCUAGGCCUGUCCGUCACUAGAGAUUCCCUCCUCCCGCCUAGCCCCGGCCUUUCCCCGCCCCCGGCCGCCCCCCGGCCCAGCGGGGACAGCCCGGCCUGGCUGCCGCCCGCCGACCUGUCGGCGCUGUCGCUGGAGGAGGUGUCCAAGUGCCUGCGCUUCAUCGGCCUCUCCGAGGACGUCGUGAGCUUCUUCGCCCGGGAGCGCAUCGACGGCAGCAUCUUCGUGCAGCUCAGCGAGGAGAUCCUGGCCGACGACUUCCGCCUCACCAAGCUCCAGGUGAAGAAGAUCAUGCAGUUCAUCAAGGGCUGGCGCCCCAAGAUCUAGUGCCACACUAGGGACCCCCGGCACGGGGGGGGUCCCCAAGUUCACCCGGCUCCGGGUGGCCCCGCUCCUGCCCCUCUUUGAUGCUGCAGGUUCUCCCUCCCCACCGCCCAGCCCUUCCCUCUUCCCGUUUUAACACUGGACAGGAAUUUUGGCCCCAACGGGCUGGAAAACACUGGAUUUUGCGUCGACUGGUUUAACUUAAUCCUUGUGGAUUAGCAUAAUAAAUGUACGGGAGACUAAUGAGCUCCCAGAGAA